CCUCCUCCUCCUGCCCCUCCCCCCUUUCGCCAUGACGAUGAACAAAUGACCUCGCGGGGAAUGAAAUUUAAAUUCCGCAAAGGCGAGCGAGUUCUCUGCUUCGAGCCGGACCCGACCAAGGCGAAGGUGCUUUAUGAUGCCAAGAUUGUUGACAUUAUUGUUGGAAAGGAUGAUAAAGGAAGAAAGAUUCCAGAAUAUCUGAUCCAUUUUAAUGGUUGGAACAGAAGCUGGGACAGAUGGGCAGCUGAAGAUCAUGUUCUUCGUGACUCUGAUGAGAACCGCAGAUUACAGCGUAAAUUGGCAAGGAAAGCUGUGGCUCGCAUGAGGAGAAAGGGAAAGAAAGGGCGUCGCAGAUUGCCUGGUGUUGAUUCUGUAUUGAAGAUCCUUCCUGCUGAAGAGAAUGAGAAGGCCAGUGUAAAGUCUAUAAGUAGUUCUUCUUCUGAUGACAGUGAUGAAGGCACAGAUGAAGAAAUAAGGAGUGAAGAAAGUGACACUGAUUCAAAGAUAGAAAUGAAAGAUGAGCAAGAGACUCAUACCAAAAGGGACAUGGAAGAAAGAGCAAUAAACAUUGAAAUUCCUGAAAUAUUGAAAAAGAAGCUUGAAGAAGAUUGUUACUAUAUUAACCGAAGAAAGAGGUUGGUGAAACUGCCAUGUCAAACGAAUAUAAUAACCAUUUUGGAAUCCUAUGUGAAGCACUUUGCCAUUAAUGCAGCUUUUUCAGCCAAUGAAAGAUCACGGCACCACCAAAUGACUUCACACACCAACCUGAAUAUGCACUAUGUCCCACCAGAAAAGAAUGUUGAAUUAUGUAAAGAAAUGGUGGAUGGACUAAGAAUAACUUUUGACUUCACACUUCCAUUGAUUCUGUUGUAUCCCUAUGAGCAAGCACAAUUUAAGAAGGUGACAUCUUCCAAAUUUUUUCUUCCCAUCAAAGAGAAUGUAGCAAACUCUAACAGAAGUCAAGAAGAACUCUCUCCCAGUCCACCUCUUCUGAAUCCAUCAACUCCACAGUCCACAGAUAGUCAACCUAUGACAAUAGAACCUGUAACACCUAAACGCCGAAAAACUGAACCUGAAAUAUUGCAUUCUCUAAGGCGUUCUACCCGUCACACAUCCAACUGUGACAGAUUAUCAGAAAGUAGUGCUUCUCCACAACCAAAACGACGGAAUAUUGAGGCUCCUGCAUCAAUGCCAAAAUUGUUUUUGCACCUUGAAAAGAAAACUCCUGUCCACAGUGGGUCAUCAUCGCCUAUUACCUUGACUCCUAGCAGAGAGGGCAGUGCAGUGUUUGCUGGUUUUGAAGGAAGACGAAACAAUGAAUUAAAUGAGGUAUUAUCAUGGAAACUCAUGCCAGAGACAUAUCCCCCAGGGGACCAGCCACCACCACCUUCCUAUAUUUAUGGGUCUCAGCAUUUACUACGGAUGUUUGUAAAGCUCCCAGAAAUACUUGGGAAGAUGAGCUUUUCUGACAAAAACCUAAAAGCAUUAGUAAAACACUUUGAAUUGUUCCUAAGGUUCUUAGCAGAAUACCAUGAUGAUUUCUUCCCGGAGUCAGCUUAUGUCGCUGCUUGUGAGGCCUACUACAGCACAAAGAAUCCACAUGCCAUCUAUUGAAGCUGUUGAUGUGGAUAUGAUUGAUUGUACAUAUUCCUUGACUGCUCUGCUUCAAGAUCAGGAGACAAGCUGAAAUGUAUCAUUUUAAUAUUAGAAAGAGAGUCUCACAAGCAUUGCCAUUCAUUUGACAAAAAGAGAAUCACAUUUCAUUUCAGAGUAUGCUGACAUUGCAUUCUAGUGCUAGAUUUCCUUCACUGUUAAACAAAUGAAGCUCUGCACUGACUUCUGAUGCAUAGAACUGCAUACAAAUAAAGUAAAAGGAAUUAGGUGCAUUAGAAACAGACUUCAUGAGAACUAACCACCCAAUGUUCCACUUUAACAUAAGUUUACUUCAACUUGAACUCUCAGAAAAUCACCUACAUCUAAGACAGGAGUGGCAUUGUAUAAGUUCUCAUUUGGAAUUCGUACUUCAUUGUAUAAAGCUAUUGUGACAAAUUGUUUUUCAUAGAAGAAUAAGCAACGGGUGUUUUAGUAUGAUUUCUGCUUUAAGAUUUCUUGUGAGUGGAAUAACCCAAGGUUUAUUUGUCUUUUCCCACGGUAGGUGUGUUCGGCAGUGCCUCAAUAGUGUUUGACUCUAUUAAUUCAUCUCUUUUCAUGAUUUGAAUUGCUUUUGAGGAUUUUUAAAGCAGUUGUUUAGAACAGGAUGUACUUGUUGGCAUGGGAAAUGAACAAUGCCAAAAUGACAUUCUUUGCCAAACUUUAGCAAGAGUUCUGAACACAAACAAUGACUACAAACUGAGCUGGUGAGAUACAGAUCGUCUUUUAUUCGUGCUAUAGUUUAGACAUAUAUAGGCUACUAUGUGGAAAUCUAGACCUAUUUGUGCCUGCUGGUUUGGUCUUCCCAUGGUACUAUGAUAUUUAAACCAGCUUCUAGUCUAUUCUCUAGAUAGGUUAGGAGGAGCAAUCCACAAACCAAUAAAAUUAACUGAUCAUAUCAAAGACUUCUUUAAAAAUCUCUGGAAAGUAAGUAGCUGAGCAUGAAUAGCAACCCUGUUACUUGCAUAAUUUGAUCCCAUAGUAGCACUUGCCAAGAACCCCCCACCCAGGCUUUUUUAAAGUAAGGUUUGUAUUGGUCAUCUCAGCUGAUAAAUUAAAUAGUUAGUUUAUAUUUUGCAUGAGGCAGAAGAACCAGAAUACUUAAAUUGCCCACAAACUUAUUUCUACAAUAGUUCUGAUUAGAUUACAAAUAUUUUGAAGUAAAAUUUCUGCCAUCUAACACAGCCCCUAAGGUAAUUAAACUAAUCUCUACAUCAGAGAUGCAGAACUGUAAUCCUCCAAAUGUGUUUAGAUUCCUAUAAUCCCCCAGCACUGAAUGUGCUGGCAGGCCUGAUGGGAGAGAGAGGUCCAAUACCACUGGAAGAUUAAAAUUUAUCCACCCCUCACCCUAAUGUAUAAUGCACUCUUUCAAACUCAAAAUCCAUAGUAUCAGCUUAAAUAACUUAAUUGUUUAGAAACGGGGGGAGCUUCCUCAAGGGUUGGCCUCAUGUCCACCCCUAGUAUAUGUUUCUUUGGAUAUUUCAUAGGACAUAUGAUUAUAUGGAGGAAAUUAUUUGAACUAGAAUGUCCACGUGCGUGUAUCUGUAUCAGUAGAGGUUACUGUAUCAGCAGGAGUUGAGUAAUCAAGAGAGCAAUUGGAGGUGACCCAUGAUAAUGUAUGACAAGGCCCUUGCAUUAGUAGACUUUAUAUUUUGGGUAUUAGCUUCUGGGGUUAAUUCAUUGCUUCCACAGAGGGUUUUUUUUCCCCAGACCACAUUUUCUAAAAUUCUCUAGACAUUUUGUCUUAGAUUUGAAGCUUUAAAAUGAGACAGGCUUGUGUUAGCUUUGGUAUAAAAUACUGUUUGUGCAGAAUUGUUAAAUAUUAAUGAGUUAUUUAAUAUAGUACAAUAAUGGUUAAUCCUAUUCCUUAAAGUCUUCUGUCAUAUUUCAACACAUUUUGUGCCAAGUACAGUUUUGUUCCAUCCAAAUAGUGCAUAGAAAUAAGGGCUGGUAGCUGAACUGAAAUAUUUUUGUAUGAAUGAAUUGUAAAUAAAGCUGGCAUAUUUGGAACACA